GGUGUGAGGAGGUACCUCAUUGUAGUGUUGGUCUGCAUUUUUCUAAUAAUUAGUGAUGUUGAUCGUUUGGGAAAACAUUUUUAAAAUCAUUUGUUUUCCAGUAAUUUCACACAUCCUUUGGAGUCAGACCAUUCUUGGCUUGAAUCCCAACUCUGCUAUGUAACUCUUUGUACUGUCUGCAACUUGAUUUCCUCAUCUGCAAAAGGAGAAUCAUAUCACCUGGAGAAAGUAUAGUAGAUGAUUCAGAGGACAGACUCUAGAAUCAAGUGCAUGGGUUCAAAUCUUAGCUCCUUAACUUAAUGUUAGUUGAGAGUAAGUUGGGAAGGUUGCUUGACCUUUCUGUACCUCAGUUUCCAUGUGUGUGCAAUGUAGGUAAUGAUAAUACCUACUGGAGUUCCCUUGUAGUACAGCAGGUUAAGGAUCUGUUGUUGCCAUGUAGUGGCCCGGGGUUGCUGCUUUGGUGUGUGUUCAGUCCCUGGCCCAGGAACUUCCACAUGCUGCAGGCAUGGUCAGAAAAAAAAAUUAAUAAUACCUACCUUUCUUUUAGGAUAUUUUGAGAAUUAAAUGAGUUAAUAUAUACAAAGCUCUUAAAAUGGUAUAUGGCAUAUAAUAAGCACAAUGUAAUUAUUAAUGCUAUUAUUUUGAAAUAUUGUCAUCAAGGGUAUUGUAAGGGUUAAAUAACAUGUUUAAUUAGAAAAUAAUGGUUCUUUUAUUGUCUGACACAGUAAGCAUAUCUCCUAAAUAUCAGAAAUUGAGUAGUAGGUAUUUUAUCUCAUAUAAUUUUAAAUAAACCUGUUAAGAAAUUUCAUCUGUUUUACUGACUGUACCUAGGAUAGUUUCUGACUGUACAACAGAUAAUUCAUGUUGAAUGAACGUUAUCCCUUUUUACAGAUAAAUAAACCAAGGCCCAAGAGAACUAUGAAAUCUGUUUCUACUAAAAAUGGCAUCACUUUGAGGAGAUAUUACUGGAAAAGCCAUUCAUAUCAUCACUUAGCUCAGAUUUGGCCAUAUGUGUUAAUAAUACUCUCCUCUAAUUUUUCCGUGUCUUUUUCCUUUCCUUUAAAAAUUAAUUUUCUUUAGUUAGUUUAGGAAAUUCAGACAAGAAGAUCUUUUUGCCUUAGAGUUAUAAUUGGAUUGUUUAAUCUGCACAUUGGGGAUCACUUUAAGUUUGUAUGGCACUCCUACAAGUGUAGGGUUAUUUUGUUAAUACUACAGAGCAUAAAACAUUGUUCCUUUCUCAUUGCAUUUUUUAUAUUCUAGUUUACAUAAAGCAGAAAUUCGACAGAGUAACAAAUCUUACUAAACCAAGGCUCAAUUAUAGUAAUAAAUAUAUAAAAUUGGCUCUUCUGUCAGCUACCUACUUUAUUUGCUGUUUAAUGAUCCAGAAACAAUGUUUCUGAAUUUCAUUCAUCUGAAAUAUUUUAGCUUCUUGUGGUAUUUAUGAUGGGGGGUUCUUUGGUUGUUAGUAAAUGAAGUUAUAGGCAUUCCUAGCAAAUGAAUAUAGCUGUGAUAUGUUGCGCCUGCUUCAGUGAUUGUAAGUCUUUUGAGUGUUAAUCUCAUUCUCUUGAUAUUUUCAAACAGAUUAGUUUUUAUAAAACCAGUAUACCAUGCAAAACGCUAUAUUAAAUUAUUAUUUUUGACAUCUUCAAGUCAAAUACCUAUAAUAUAUGUAUUCUAUAAAGCACAUGCCUGAUGUAACAAAUUCCUAAUUUGAUAUUUACCUUACCUCCUUCUUUGUGUAUUUAGUACAGCCAUUAAUCUCACUACAAGGCUUUACUAAGGAUAAAUUGCUACGUAACCCACUUCAACCUCUUUUGUUCAACCAGGAAGCCAGGCGUGUUUAAAUAGCUUUUUAAAAAUAAAUUAUUUCUUUUUUGAAAUGUUAGAAUUUUAAAUUUUGAAAUGGUCAAAUAAGAGACUUUAUUUUGUCUUUUGCAAUUGCUUGACAGAGUUUGCUUUGGAAUAGAGCUUCUGUGUCUUUAAAAAAUACACAGUGAGUCACCCCCUGCUCUUUUGGUAGAUGCCUGGCUAGUGAACAGCUAAGCUGCUUUAGGCAUGUAAUAGAACAUUCCAUUUCCUGUUCCCUUGCUGACACAGAGGAGUGUUCCUGCUGGCAAUGAUCUAAUCAUAGUGCAGUAAGAAACAUGGCAGUUUGAUAAAACAUGGUGGAGACAGCGGCUGAAAUGGAAGCAUAUGUUCUAGAAGACAUUCUUGAGAUGAACUUUAGAAUCAACAUGUCAAGUUCCAUUAAAAAUCCCUUUGGGAUUUUGAUUGGAAGUGCAUUGAAUGUACAGAUUAAUUUGGGGAGAAUUGACAUCUUUACACUAUUGAAUCUUCCCAUCCAAGAACAUGGUGGAGUCUUUCAUUUUGGAUCAGGAUGAUUUGGAAAAUCCAAUGCUGGAAACGGCUUCCAAGUUACUCUUAUCAGGUACUGCUGAUGGUGCAGACCUUAGAACAGUAGAUCCAGAAACACAAGCUAGACUGGAAGCUUUACUAGAAGCUGCAGGAAUAGGCAAAUUAUCUACGGCUGAUGGUAAAGCCUUUGCAGAUCCUGAAGUGCUUCGGAGGUUGACAUCGUCUGUUAGUUGUGCGUUGGAUGAAGCUGCUGCUGCACUUACCCGUAUGAGAGCUGAAAGCACAGCAAAUGCAGGGCAGUCGGACAACCGCAGUUUGGCAGAAGCCUGUUCAGAAGGAGAUGUGAAUGCUGUGCGCAAGUUACUCAUUGAAGGGCGAAGUGUAAAUGAACACACGGAGGAAGGGGAGAGUCUCCUUUGUUUAGCUUGCUCCGCUGGAUAUUAUGAGCUUGCACAGGUUUUGUUGGCAAUGCAUGCAAAUGUGGAAGAUAGGGGAAUCAAAGGUGACAUCACACCUUUAAUGGCUGCUGCUAAUGGAGGACAUGUCAAAAUUGUGAAGUUGCUGCUAGCUCAUAAAGCUGAUGUUAAUGCACAGUCUUCAACAGGCAAUACAGCACUUACAUAUGCUUGUGCUGGAGGUUAUGUAGAUGUUGUAAAGGUGCUCUUGGAAUCCGGUGCUAGUAUUGAGGACCAUAAUGAAAAUGGUCAUACUCCUCUUAUGGAAGCUGGAAGUGCUGGACAUGUGGAAGUAGCCAGAUUGCUGCUAGAAAAUGGGGCUGGCAUUAAUACGCAUUCCAAUGAAUUUAAAGAGAGUGCCCUUACAUUAGCUUGUUACAAAGGACACCUAGAGAUGGUGCGGUUUCUUUUGGAAGCAGGUGCGGAUCAAGAACAUAAAACAGAUGAAAUGCACACUGCUUUAAUGGAGGCUUGCAUGGAUGGCCAUGUUGAAGUGGCUAGGUUACUUCUUGACAGUGGUGCCCAAGUGAACAUGCCUGCUGAUUCAUUUGAAUCACCGUUGACUUUAGCUGCAUGUGGUGGGCAUGUGGAACUUGCGGCUUUACUUAUUGAAAGAGGAGCUAGCCUGGAAGAGGUCAAUGAUGAAGGUUAUACACCAUUGAUGGAAGCAGCUCGGGAAGGACAUGAAGAAAUGGUGGCAUUACUUCUAGGUCAAGGAGCGAAUAUCAAUGCGCAGACGGAAGAAACUCAAGAAACUGCCUUGACUCUGGCUUGCUGUGGAGGCUUUCUGGAAGUGGCAGACUUUCUCAUUAAGGCAGGAGCUGAUAUAGAACUAGGGUGCUCCACCCCUUUAAUGGAAGCUGCUCAAGAGGGGCAUUUGGAGUUAGUUAAAUACUUAUUAGCUGCAGGCUGUGUAUCUAACACUACUGCAGGAGCUAAUGUUCAUGCAACAACAGCAACAGGGGACACAGCACUAACAUAUGCCUGUGAAAAUGGUCAUACUGAUGUAGCAGAUGUCUUACUUCAGGCAGGAGCAGAUCUGGAGCAUGAAUCUGAAGGUGGAAGAACUCCUUUAAUGAAAGCUGCAAGAGCUGGUCAUGUUUGUACCGUUCAGUUCUUAAUUAGUAAAGGAGCAAAUGUGAAUAGAACCACAGCUAAUAAUGACCAUACUGUGCUGUCCCUGGCUUGUGCAGGGGGUCAUCUGGCAGUGGUGGAACUGCUUUUGGCUCAUGGGGCAGAUCCUACUCACCGUUUAAAAGAUGGCUCAACUAUGUUGAUAGAAGCAGCAAAAGGUGGCCAUACAAGUGUCGUUUGCUAUCUUUUGGACUAUCCUAAUAACUUGCUUUCAGCCCCUCCACCAGAUGUCACUCAGUUAACCCCUCCAUCCCACGAUUUAAAUAGGGCUCCUCGUGUACCAGUUCAAGCACUGCCCAUGGUUGUCCCACCUCAGGAGCCUGACAAACCACCUGCCAAUGUUGCCACUACUCUUCCCAUCAGGAAUAAAGCUGCUUCUAAACAAAAGUCCAGCAGCCAUUUGCCAGCAAACAGCCAGGAUGUACAGGGUUACAUCACCAAUCAGUCUCCAGAGAGCAUUGUAGAAGAGGCUCAGGGAAAGUUAACAGAACUGGAACAGAGGAUAAAAGAAGCCAUAGAAAAGAAUGCACAGCUGCAGUCCUUGGAACUGGCUCACGCUGACCAACUUACCAAGGAGAAGAUCGAGGAGCUGAACAAAACAAGGGAGGAGCAAAUUCAGAAGAAACAAAAGAUUUUGGAGGAACUACAGAAAGUAGAACGAGAGUUACAACUGAAAACUCAGCAGCAGCUAAAAAAGCAGUAUCUAGAGGUUAAAGCUCAAAGGAUUCAACUUCAGCAGCAGCAGCAACAGUCUUGCCAACAUCUGGGACUGCUAACUCCUGUUGGGGUUGGAGAGCAGCUUUCCGAGGGAGACUAUGCACGGUUACAGCAAGUGGAUCCCGUUUUGCUUAAAGAUGAACCCCAGCAGACUGCUGCUCAGAUGGGUUUUGCACCAAUCCAGCCCCUGGCCAUGCCUCAAGCUUUGCCUCUGGCGGCAGGUCCCUUGCCUCCAGGGUCCAUCGCAAAUCUUACAGAACUGCAAGGAGUGAUAGUUGGACAGCCAGUACUGGGCCAAGCACAGUUGGCAGGGCUGGGGCAAGGAAUUCUGACAGAAACACAACAAGGGUUAAUGGUAGCCAGCCCUGCUCAGACCCUCAAUGACACGCUGGAUGACAUCAUGGCAGCAGUCAGUGGAAGAGCAUCUGCAAUGUCAAACACUCCUACCCACAGUAUCGCUGCUUCCAUUUCCCAACCUCAGACUCCAACUCCAAGUCCUAUCAUCUCUCCUUCAGCCAUGCUUCCUAUCUACCCUGCCAUUGAUAUUGAUGCACAGACUGAGAGUAAUCAUGACACGGCACUAACCCUUGCCUGCGCUGGUGGUCAUGAGGAACUGGUACAAACACUGCUAGAGAGAGGAGCUAGUAUCGAGCACCGAGACAAGAAAGGUUUUACUCCACUCAUCUUGGCUGCUACAGCUGGUCAUGUUGGUGUUGUGGAAAUAUUGCUUGACAAUGGUGCAGACAUUGAAGCCCAGUCAGAAAGAACCAAGGACACACCGCUAUCUUUGGCUUGUUCUGGGGGAAGACAGGAGGUGGUGGAGCUCUUGUUAGCUCGAGGGGCAAAUAAAGAGCACAGGAAUGUUUCUGAUUACACACCUCUAAGCCUGGCUGCUUCUGGUGGCUAUGUGAAUAUUAUCAAAAUAUUACUAAAUGCAGGAGCUGAGAUUAAUUCUAGAACUGGUAGCAAAUUGGGCAUUUCUCCGCUGAUGUUAGCAGCUAUGAAUGGGCACACAGCUGCCGUUAAACUCUUGUUAGACAUGGGCUCUGACAUAAAUGCUCAAAUAGAAACCAAUCGGAACACUGCCCUUACCUUAGCCUGCUUCCAAGGAAGAACUGAAGUGGUUAGUCUUCUGCUUGAUAGAAAAGCAAAUGUGGAACAUAGAGCUAAGACUGGUCUCACACCACUAAUGGAAGCUGCCUCUGGUGGAUAUGCAGAGGUGGGCCGAGUUCUUUUGGACAAAGGUGCUGAUGUUAAUGCCCCUCCAGUGCCCUCCUCGAGAGAUACAGCUUUAACCAUAGCAGCAGAUAAAGGGCAUUAUAAAUUCUGUGAGCUUCUCAUUGGCAGGGGCGCUCACAUUGACGUACGUAACAAGAAGGGGAACACUCCAUUGUGGCUGGCAGCAAAUGGUGGACACCUUGAUGUUGUUCAGUUACUGGUGCAAGCAGGUGCAGAUGUGGAUGCAGCAGAUAAUCGCAAGAUAACUCCUCUUAUGGCAGCGUUUAGAAAGGGUCAUGUGAAGGUGGUGCGCUACUUAGUCAAAGAAGUCAAUCAGUUUCCAUCAGAUUCUGAAUGUAUGAGAUACAUAGCAACCAUCACUGAUAAGGAGAUGCUGAAGAAGUGUCAUCUUUGUAUGGAGUCAAUAGUACAAGCCAAAGAUAGACAGGCUGCUGAAGCAAACAAAAAUGCCAGCAUUUUAUUAGAGGAGUUAGACUUGGAAAAGUUGAGGGAAGAAAGCCGGAGGCUGGCUUUGGCUGCCAAAAGAGAAAAGAGAAAGGAGAAGAGAAGAAAGAAAAAGGAAGAACAAAGAAGAAAACUAGAAGAAAUCGAAGCCAAAAAUAAAGAAAACUUUGAACUCCAAGCUGCUCAAGAAAAAGAAAAGCAUAAAGUUGAAGAUGAGCCUGAAGUCUUGACAGAGCCUCCAAGUGCCACAACCACUACUACCAUAGGUAUAUCUGCAACGUGGACAACUUUGGCAGGUUCCCAUGGUAAAAGAAAUAAUACCAUAACUACAACCAGUUCAAAGAGGAAGAACAGGAAAAAUAAAAUUACUCCAGAAAAUGUUCAAAUUAUAUUUGAUGAUCCACUACCAAUCUCAUACAGUCAACCAGAGAAGGUGAACGGAGAGUCUAAGAGCAGCAGUACCAGCGAGAGUGGGGACAGUGAUAACAUGAGAAUUUCCAGCUGCAGUGAUGAAAGUAGUAAUAGCAACAGUAGCCGAAAGAGUGACAAUCAUUCACCUGCUGUGGUCACUACCACUGUGACCAGUAAGAAGCAGCCAUCAGUUCUGGUUACAUUUCCAAAGGAGGAGAGAAAAUCUGUUUCUGGCAAGGCUUCAAUAAAAUUGUCAGAGACUAUCAGUGAAGUGUCCAGCAAUUCUCUCUCCACUUGUACAAAAUCUGGUCCAUCUCCCCUUUCCUCUCCAAAUGGGAAAUUAACAGUAGCAAGUCCUAAGCGUGGACAAAAGAGGGAAGAAGGCUGGAAAGAAGUUGUAAGAAGGUCAAAGAAAGUAUCUGUUCCAUCAACGGUGAUAUCCAGAGUGAUUGGAAGAGGAGGCUGUAAUAUUAAUGCUAUUCGGGAAUUCACUGGUGCACACAUAGAUAUCGAUAAGCAGAAAGACAAGACAGGAGACCGGAUAAUAACUAUAAGGGGUGGCACUGAAUCGACAAGACAAGCAACUCAGUUGAUCAAUGCUCUGAUCAAGGAUCCAGACAAAGAAAUUGAUGAACUUAUUCCAAAGAAUCGUUUGAAAAGCUCCUCGGCCAAUUCCAAAAUAGGGUCAUCAGCACCUGCCACCACUGCUGCUAACAGCUCCUUAAUGGGAAUUAAAAUGACGACUGUAGCUCUAUCAUCAACAUCUCAAACUGCCACAGCACUCACUGUGCCUGCAAUUUCUUCUGCAUCUACUCACAAAACCAUUAAGAACCCAGUGAAUAACGUGAGGCCUGGUUUUCCAGUUUCUCUUCCAUUAGCAUAUCCUCCUCCACAGUUUGCACAUGCUUUGCUUGCUGCUCAGACUUUCCAGCAGAUCCGUCCACCAAGGUUGCCCAUGACCCACUUUGGAGGUACUUUUCCACCAGCUCAAUCCACUUGGGGUCCUUUUCCUGUCAGGCCUUUGAGCCCUGCCAGAGCUACUAACUCGCCUAAGCCUCACAUGGUGCCUCGCCAUAGCAAUCAGAAUAGCAGCGGUUCUCAGGUGAAUUCAGCAGGUUCUUUAACUUCAAGUCCAACAACUACAACCAGUUCAUCAGCUUCAACGGUGCCUGGUACAUCUACGAAUGGCAGUCCAAGUUCACCUUCCGUCAGAAGGCAGCUUUUUGUCACAGUUGUGAAGACAUCCAAUGCCACCACAACAACAGUCACAACCACAGCAAGCAACAACAGCACCGCACCCACAAAUGCCACAUAUCCUAUGCCUACUGCCAAAGAACACUACCCAGUAUCAUCCCCAUCUUCCCCAUCACCACCAGCCCAGCCAGGAGGGGUUUCUAGAAAUAGCCCUUUGGAUUGUGGAACAGCAUCUCCAAAUAAAGGGGCAGCUUCCUCUGAACAGGAAGCAAGUAGUCCACCAGUAGUAGAAGCAACAAACACUAGACCUCCAAACAGCAGCAGUUCUUCUGGGAGUUCAGCAGUUCAUUCUACUCAGCAACAGCCUCCGGGAUCUGUUUCUCAGGAGCCAAGACCACCUCUUCAGCAGUCUCAGGUUCCUCCCCCGGAAGUGAGAAUGACUGUUCCUCCUUUAGCAACAACAAGUUCUGCUCCAGUGGCGGUGCCUUCUACUGCCCCAGUGACUUACCCCAUGCCUCAGACACAAAUGGGAUGCUCCCAGCCUGCUCCUAAAAUGGAACCCCCUGCUAUUAGACCACCCUCUCAUGGCACAGCUGUCCCUCACAAGAAGCCAGCUCCAGUGCAGAAUUCAUCUGUUGCAGUCCUCAGUGUCAAUCACAUUAAAAGACCUCACAGUGUUCCCUCUUCUGUCCAGCUACCUUCGACCUUAAGUACACAAAGUGCUUGUCAAAAUUCAGUACAUCCAGCAAAUAAGCCUGUUGCUCCCAAUUUCAGUGCCCCUUUACCAUUUGGGCCCUUUAGCACAUUGUUUGAAAAUAGCCCUACUUCUGCUCAUGCCUUCUGGGGAGGAUCUGUUGUUUCAUCUCAGUCAACACCAGAAUCUAUGCUAUCAGGAAAAUCUUCAUAUUUGCCAAAUUCAGAUCCUUUGCAUCAGUCUGAUACUUCCAAAGCUCCAGGUUUUAGACCACCAUUACAGAGACCUGCUCCAAGUCCCUCAGGUAUUGUCAAUAUGGACUCGCCAUAUGGUUCUGUAACACCUUCUUCAACACAUUUGGGAAACUUUGCUUCAAACCUUUCAGGAAGUCAAAUGUAUGGACCUGGGGCACCCCUUGGAGGAGCACCCACAGCUGCUAACUUUAACAGACAACAUUUCUCCCCACUUAGUUUGUUGACUCCAUGUUCAUCAGCAUCAAAUGAUUCUCCUGCACAGUCAGUAUCCUCUGGAGUUCGUGCACCUUCUCCUGCCCCAUCAUCAGUACCUUUAGGGUCAGAAAAGCCCAGCAACGUCUCUCAGGAUAGAAAAGUUCCAGUCCCUAUUGGGACGGAACGUUCUGCACGUAUCAGGCAAACUGGAACUUCAGCUCCAUCUGUUAUUGGGAGUAAUUUGUCCACAUCAGUCGGGCACAGUGGCAUCUGGUCCUUUGAAGGGAUUGGUGGCAAUCAAGACAAAGUAGACUGGUGUAAUCCUGGGAUGGGAAACCCUAUGAUUCACAGGCCAAUGUCUGAUCCAGGAGUAUUUUCACAGCAUCAAGCAAUGGAGCGAGAGAGUACAGGAAUUGUAACUCCUUCUGGUACAUUCCAUCAGCAUGUUCCUGCAGGAUACAUGGACUUUCCUAAAGUUGGGGGUAUGCCUUUUUCUGUGUAUGGGAAUGCAAUGAUUCCUCCAGUAGCGCCUAUUCCUGAUGGUGCUGGAGGACCCAUAUUUAAUGGCCCUCAUGCUGCGGACCCCUCUUGGAACUCCCUAAUAAAGAUGGUUUCAAGCUCCACUGAAAAUAAUGGCCCUCAAACGGUGUGGACUGGACCCUGGGCACCUCACAUGAACAGUGUGCACAUGAACCAGCUUGGCUGAUGAGGACCAGCUGGUUAGCCUGCGGACCUUUUCAUUCAGAGGAAAUCACAAGUGGCCGAAAAAAAUUUAUGCCCCCAAAUCAUUCUACUGAUGUGCUUGACUGAAGUGUGUAGGCUUUUUGCAGAAGAACUUACUAACUGACCUAUUUUCUGUGAACAUUUGUGACUGCCCAUUCCCCAUCAUCAUCCGUUUUACCUUAGUUAGCAUUUUUCUUAUCAUUUUUCUUUUUUUCUUUCCCUCUUCCCCUUUGGACAUAACUUUCUGUUGAAGCUGUUCUUUGGCUGGUUGGUUUUAGUACUGUAAACUGCUUCUGAGCAAACACGGAAAUUUAGCAAAAUUAUGUAAACUUGAUCCUGAAGUUUUAGAAUGGCAAAUAAAUGUACAAUUGUUUACAUAACAGAAAAGGCUAAGCAGAAAGUAAAUUUCAAUAUGUCAGUAUAGAGGCUCUACUUUAUGUAGACUUAAAUUAAUGUGAGAUAUGUACCUUCAUAUUCAGAAAUCUGGAUGUUUCCUUCAUACAUUAAACUAUUAAUAAGCAUAACUUUUCUGCUUGUGUACUUUAAGUAUAAAGUAAAACAAUGGGCAUUGUCAGAGAAUGUUCCCGACGUUGGCCUUUAUAAUACCCAGGCUGCUCUGUUUUGAGUUUGUUUGCAGCAAGGCACAUAGAGAAUAAGAAAUUUAUCACCUUUUCAUGUCUCUUUAUUACCUUGUCAUACUUUUAAAACUAAUGCACACUUCUCUCUUUAUUCACUCUUUUUUCUUUCCUCACCCUUACCACUAAUAUCAGUAAAACUUUCUCGCUGAUCAUAAAAUAAUUCUGUAAAGACUUUUAUUCUAAUGGCUGCUAAAGAGAGUUAGAGAACCUUCACUAUCACCUGGGGUUUCUUCUAACCAUAAAACAUUCAGUCUUUCUGAGAAUUUAAAAAGCCACCACUGGUUCCCAGUCAGCAUAUGCAAGCUCUUAAAAUACUGUUUAUUAUUAAACAAUUCAGUGUACUAUUUCAUAUUGGAUAAUAAUGAUCCUUAACAUUGGCUUUUGAAUCAUCAGGAGUCAACAUAAAAAUUCCAACUUUCAGUAAUUUAGUGGAAAGUUUUUUUGUUUUGUUUUUUGUUUUUUUUCCAAUUUUAAAGGCUUAAUCUUUACACUUGUAUAUUAUCAGUGAAAGGGAUCAACAGCUAACGUGGGGCAAGUAAUAAAAUAAAUUUUGCUUUUGUCAGUUUUGACAAUUCAUGGUAGACAUGAUACAUAGACUACAAAAUAAAGUCUCUAUUUAACCUGUUUAUAUAAGACACAGGGCCACACUAAACUACUCAGUGGGAUUUAUCUAUUCAGUUCACUUGAAACAAUAAACAGUAAUGUUCCAAGAAGAA